AAAUAUUAUGGUCUGGAUACUAAAUGGGGAGACAUCGAGCAAUGGAUGGAAGACAGUGAGCGUUAUUCUCAUAGAGCCCGAAGAAACGCCUCGGCUUCGGAUGAAGAUGAGCGCAUGUCAGUGGGUAGCCGUGGAAGCCUGAGGUCUCAUCUGGAAUAUGCCAGCGCCUACCCUGUGGCUGGAUUAGAGAAUGAGAGGACCAAAAAGAAGAACUACUCCAAAGCAACCAAUGGUUAUGAGGAAGACGUGUAUGGAUCAUCCCAGAGCAGAAAAUCUAGCAGGGCUUCGUACUACUCUGAUCUGGGUCUUCACAACAGCGGCUGUGCUUCCACAUCUCAACCUUCUUCCCAAAAUGGAAACUGGGCGUCUGUGUAUGACGAGAGUGUUUACAGCGGGAGUCGUCGCUAUAGUGCCUGUAGUUCUCGUGCUCCUUCCGAAUACAGCUGCUACCUUGGUUCAGGAUCUCGGGCAUCCUCAAGAGCCAGCUCUGCUCGGGCCAGUCCAGUGAUUGAGGAAAGGCCAGAAAAAGACUUUGAGAAGGGGGCUCGUACUGUUUCAAGUUUAUCAGCAGCUACCUUAGCGUCUCUGGGUGGGACUUCUUCACGAAGAGGCAGUGGGGAUACAUCCAUCUCAGCUGAUACAGAAGCUUCUAUUAGAGAAAUUAAGGAUAUCUAUGAGCUAAAGGACCAGAUUAAGGAUGUAGAAGGCAAAUACAUGCAGGGACUAAAAGAAAUGAAGGACUCUCUAGCUGAAGUUGAAGAGAAAUAUAAAAAGGCUAUGGUGUCAAAUGCUCAACUAGACAAUGAAAAAACAAAUUUCAUGUACCAAGUAGAUACCCUGAAGGAUGCGCUCUUAGAGUUAGAAGAACAGCUGGCAGAAUCCAGGCGGCAAUAUGAAGAAAAAAGUAAAGAAUUUGAGAGGGAGAAGCAUGCUCAUAGCAUAUUGCAGUUUCAGUUCAUGGAAAUCAAAGAGGCUUUGAAGCAAAGAGAAGAAAUGCUUGCAGAAAUCCAACAGCUGCAACAGAAACAGCAGAGCUAUGUCAGGGAAAUAUCUGAUCUUCAGGAGACAAUAGAGUGGAAAGACAAAAAAAUAGGGGUGUUAGAGAGGCAGAAAGAUUUCUUUGAUUCCAUAAGGAGUGAGCGGGAUCACCUUAGAGAUGAAGUGGUUGUGCUGAAGGAGCAACUGAAGAAACACGGAAUAAUCCCAGACUCUGAUGUAGCCACCAACGGGGAGACAUCAGACAUUGUUGAUAAUGAAGGACACUUGGAUUCUUCCCGAAAUAUUCCAGGCACAACUCAGGCAUUAAAGACCGGGGGGGAUGGGACACUAGACAGGCUGAAAAAACUCAUUGAUGAACGAGAAUCCUUGCUAGACCAGGUUAAAAAAUUAAAGGGGCAACUGGAAGAAAAGCAAAAGAAUGGCAAGAUGGAAUAUACACAAUCAGAAGAUGAAGUUCUAGAAAAUGGGACAGAUAUGCACAUGAUUGAUCUCCAAAGAGAUGCCAACAGACAGAUCAGUGAUCUCAAAUUUAAACUAGCAAAGUCUGAGCAAGAGAUAACAGCAUUGGAGCAGAAUGUAAUACGAUUGGAAGGUCAGGUAGCCCGAUACAAAACUGCUGCUGAAAAUGCUGAAAGAGUAGAAGAUGAACUGAAAGCAGAGAAACGCAAACUACAGAGAGAGCUUCGUUCAGCAUUGGAUAAAACUGAAGAGCUUGAAGUUAGCAACGGCCAUCUAGUAAAACGCUUGGAGAAGAUGAAAGCCAACCGGAGUGCUUUACUGUCUCAGCAAUAA